CAGGCUCCAGUUCCCUCUCUCCACGCAAGUAAAAACCGCCGCGCCCGCGCAAACCGCCGCACGCGGCGAGGGCCCCGACGGCGCGAUGCCGCCGCCGCAGCGCGACCCCGAGCCUCCGCCCAUCCACCGCCUGGUGGAUCUGAUCAAGUCCGACCCCGACCCCGCCACCGCGCUCGCCCACCUCGAGAUCCUCGUCUCCACCCGCCCGGCCUUCCCCACGCCCCAGCCGCUCAUCUUCCACCUCCUCCGCCGCCUCGCCACAUCCUCCCCGUCCAACCUCCCGCGGCUCCUCGGCAUUCUCCCGCGCAUGCGCCACCGUCCGCGCUUCUCCGAGUCCGCGGCGCUCGUCGUCCUCUCCGCCUUCUCCCGCGCCCUCAUGCCCGGCGCCGCGCUCGCCGCGUUCCGCGCCCUCCCCUCCCUCCUCGGUUGCAACCCCGGUGUCCGCUCCCACAAUGCCCUCCUCGACGCGUUCGUCCGCGCCCGCCGGUUCUCCGAUGCGGACGCGUUUUUCGCCUCCCUCUCUCACGGCGCUUUCGGCCGCCGCCUCGCCCCCAACCUCCAGACAUACAACAUCAUACUCCGCUCUCUUUGUGCCCGCGGGGACGUCGAUCGCGCAGUUUCGCUCUUCGGCUCCUUGCGUCGCCGUGGAGUGGCUCCCGACCGAGUAACCUACUCCACCCUCAUGUCAGGGCUCGCGAAACACGACCUGUUGGACAACGCGCUCGACCUGCUCGACGAAAUGCCCAACUACGGAGUGCAGCCUGACGCAGUUUGUUUCAACGCAUUGCUCAAUGGGUGUUUCAAGAUUGGCGAGUUUCAGAAAGCUAUGAGGGUCUGGGAGCAGCUGGUGAGGGAUCCGGGUGCAAGUCCCAACCUUGCCACAUACAAAGUGAUGCUUGAUGGCUUAUGUAAGCUUGGGAGGUUUAAGGAGGCGGGGGAGGUAUGGGGUAGGAUGGUGGCGAAUAAUCAUCAACCAGAUACGAUUACCCAUGGGAUCUUGAUUCACGGUUUGUGCCAAUCUGGGGAUGUGGAUAGUGCAGCACGGGUAUACUCGGAGAUGGUCAAGGCCGGGCUUGUUGUUGAUGUUGCCGUGCAUAAUUCUCUCAUCAAGGGGUUGUGUCAAGCGAGGAGAGUAGGGGAGGCUUGGAAAUUCUGGGACUUGGCAGGUUUUUCUGGGAUCUGUAAUAUAACAACUUAUAAUAUAAUGAUUAAGGGGCUGUUUGACAGUGGUAUGGUUGAUGAAGCUACAGAGUUGUUGAUGCAAUUGGAGAAUGAUGAUUCAUGCUCCUCUGACAAGGUGACUUUUGGCACAUUGAUCCAUGGCCUGUGCGAGAAUGGCUUUGCUAACAAGGCAUUUAAAAUCUUGGAGGAAGCACGAAUCAGUGAGAAAGAAUUGGAUGUGUUCUCAUAUUCAUCUAUGAUAAAUAGAUUUUGCAAGGAUGGGAGAAUAGAUGGCGCAUUCAAGGUAUACAAGAAUAUGGUUAAGGAUGGUUGCAAACCGAAUUCUCAUAUUUACAAUGCACUAAUACAUGGUUUUUUUCAAGCAUGUCAGAUUGGUGACGCUGUUAAAAUUUACAGUGAAAUGACAGACAGUGGCUGUUGCCCAACCAUCAUCACAUACAACACUCUAAUAGAUGGGUUGUGUAAGGCUGAAAAGUAUCAAGAAGCUUCAAGGUUUACAAGGGAAAUGGUAGAGAAAGGUUUUAGGCCAGAUGUCAGAACUUAUGGCUCAUUGAUUCAUGGCCUUUGUCAAGACAAGAAGAUUGAUGCUGCCCUUGCUAUUUGGGAUCAAAUUCUUGAUAAGGGUCUUCAGGCAGAUGUCGUGAUGCACAACAUCUUAAUUCAUGGUCUUUGUUCUGCUGGGAAAGUAGAUGAAGCUAUGCAUCUUUAUUCGGAUAUGAAAGAAAAGAAGAAUUGUUCCCCCAAUCUAGUGACCUAUAACACAAUAAUGGAUGGAUUUUAUAAGAUUGGUUCUAUUGAUAAAGCAGCAUCUCUCUGGACUGCCAUUUUGGAUAAUGGGUUGAAACCAGAUAUCAUUACAUAUAAUAUAAGAAUAAAGGGUCUAUGCUCUUGUAAUAGAACACCAGAGGGGGUCCUUUUAUUGGAUGAGGUGCUUGCAACUGGUAUUAUACCAACUGCCAUUACAUGGAACAUAUUAGUAAGAGCUGUAAUCAAAUAUGGGCCUAUUCAGAUAUGACACCUUGGAAUUUCUCGUGUUCCUCUUAGACGAUCUUGAAAGUUUUCUUAAGGCCGCCGUGGUAGAGCCUGGUCCUCCUGAGGUUGUAGCUAUGAGCAACCCUUGGCCGGGGCUUGAAGGUCCUGCGCGCUGGCGGCAGGGAGGAACAGGGGAGAUAGAGCAAAUAGGGAGAGGUAGUCGGCCUAUGCUUACAAGUUUCAAAUAUAUGAAUAUGCAUUUGCUGCUUGCACUACAGGUCUGUCUUAGAGGCAUGUUUUUUCUUUCUUUCUUUCGAAAGUUCACUUUUUUAACGCAUCAAGAAUGUAACUCUGUUACCAUGUUUUGGCUGUUGAAACAUUGCUGAAACAUAUACCAUUGAUGCAAGAUCGAAGGCAGCUUGAGUCUAUCAGACCUCAGGUUUGAGAAAAUCUGUGGUUUAUUGGCCAAGCUACAUGUUAAACAAAUUCUUGGAUUAUAAAAGCUAUAUCCAUUUAUACUAAUUUUAUACAGUUUAAAUUGCUUGUGGAAAAUUACACCCUACUGCUAUGUCUGCAACUCUUUCAUUCUUCUCUUUUUCCUGUCUUAUCAGCUUUUGGUGGUGAGAUA